GGUGAAGGAUCUUUUCAACCAGUUGAAUGUGCAUUACACAGCAUUGGAACUUGAUCAUAUGGAUAGUUAUUGGUGGUGGCUCUGGUGGCUUGGCAGCUUCCAAGAGAGCAGCAGAUCUGGGAGCCAAGGUUGCAGUAUGUGACUUUGUCACUCCGACUCCAAAGGGCACAACAUGGGGACUUGGUGGUACUUGUGUUAAUGUUGGCUGCAUCCCCAAGAAACUAAUGCAUCAGGCAGCAAUUCUUGGACAUGAUAUGAAAGAUUCUCGAGAAUUUGGAUGGGAGACUCCAGAGGCAAUUACUCAUGACUGGAACAAGAUGGUGGAAGGAAUCCAGAGUCACAUAGGUUCACUGAACUGGGGUUAUCGUGUUGCUCUUAGGGAUAAGAAAGUUACCUACCUCAAUGCUUAUUCAACAUUCAUUGACUCCCAUACACUCAAGACUGUGGACCGUCGUGGUAAGGAAAAAAUUGUCACAGCUGACAAAUUUCUACUAGCCAUGGGGGGACGUCCACGGUAUCCCGACAUUACUGGUGCUAAAGAGCAUUGUAUUACUUCUGAUGACAUUUUCUCGCUUCCUUAUGCACCUGGUAAAACCCUUCUUGUUGGAGCAUCAUACAUUGCCCUUGAGUGUGCUGGUUUUCUGGCUGGGCUGGGUUAUGACACCACAGUUAUGGUUAGGUCUAUCCUGCUUCGUGGAUUUGAUCAGCAAAUGGCAGAAAAUGUAGGAGCAUACAUGGAGAAAAAUGGAAUAAAGUUCAUUCGUGGAGCUGUACCAUCAUCAGUGGAGCAGAUUGAGGAAGGAACACCAGGAAUGCUGAAAGUAACAGCAACAACCUCUGAAGGAGAGGAAAUAACUGAUGAAUACAACACCGUGGUCAUAGCUGUUGGCCGAGACCCUUGCACUUCCGGUAUUGGCUUGGAAAAUAUUGGAGUUGAGAUGGCCAAAAGUGGUAAGGUAAUUGUGAACAAUGAAGAGCAAACUUCUGUCCCUCACAUUUAUGCUGUGGGUGAUAUCAUUGAAGGUGGACUUGAGUUAACUCCUGUGGCCAUCCAGGCUGGCAGACUCUUAGCUCAGCGCUUGUAUGGUAAUGGAAAAUUAUUAACUGAUUAUGUGAAUGUGCCUACAACUGUAUUUACACCACUGGAGUAUGGCUGUUGUGGGCUAUCUGAAGAGACAGCAAUUGAAAAUUAUGGAGAGGACAAUAUUGAAGUCUACCAUUCUAACUUCCAACCAUUGGAAUUUACUGUUCCUCACCGCCCAGAAAAUGAUUGCUAUGCAAAACUCAUCUGUGUUAAGAAUGAAAAUGAGCGAGUUGUUGGCUUUCAUGUGCUGGGACCCAAUGCUGGCGAGAUUACACAAGGGUUUGGUAUUGCACUCAAGCUUAAUGCCACCAAAUCUGACUUUGACAAUCUUAUUGGCAUCCAUCCCACUUGUGCUGAGAUCUUCACAACAUUGAAUAUAACAAAGAGAUCUGGAAAGGAUGUAAAUGCACAGGGUUGCUGAGGUUAAAUAUGCUGCCUUUAGCUAUAUGUGACCAGGAGUAGGGGCACAUACGAUUAAGAUUGCAUUAGAUAUUUUCUUAUAGUCUGAUGAAAGAUAAAUUCUUGUCUUCAGUAAUGCCCUUUUCCAAUAGUAUAUAUUUUAAGUUUCAGCUUUUAACACUAGUUUUUGAACUUUACAAAUAUUUCUCACAAAUGUAUCCAUUAGCUUAGUCCCACAUGAAGAAUACAUAGUGUAGCUUCCUGCUCCUGGUCAUAUGCUAAUAGCAGCAGGUGUCCAAUACUGAGACCCAAGACGUUGGAGAACUGACAGAUGCAGGUAUCGUGUAGAUGGGUCAAGAUUUUGAACUACUCAAUGCCUGAACUGUCACUUGGACUGCAUUAUGAAGGUAGUUUCUCAAAACCCAGGUUUGGGCGAGGUCUACUGGAAGUGGAGUCAUUGGCGUCGAGGUUCUGUGGUUUUACCACUUUCUCCAUGUUUUCACACCUUCCAUCGGUCUGAGGAAAUCAGAUUGAAGAUAUAGUUAUUUAACAUGAAAUGGAGUGGUACUGUACUGGUAUUUAUUUUUGUACACCUUUGUUAGUGCCACUGAAAUAUUAAAGGGCUUAUAUUAUGAAAUUUAAUAAAAUUUUCUUUGUGA